GAAAAAGUUGAUUCAACAGUUGGCUGAACAACAUGCAAGCAGCUAAAAAGCAGCUCAGAAAGGAGAUUAAAAAGCGAAUUUCUUCACUAACAGAAGAGGAAAAGUUAUUGCAGUCAAAUAAUGUCACCAAGCAAGUUCUUCAACACCCUAAAUAUGUAUCCAGUAAGAGGUUAUCUAUAUUCUUAAGUAUGAAUGAUGAGGUUAAGACUGAUGCAAUAUUGAAACAAGCAUUUCAACAGAAAAAAGAUGUUUAUAUACCAAAGUAUAUAGGGAACACCAUGGAUAUGGUAAAACUGGAAUCUUUGGAAGACUACAACAGCCUGCCCGAAACAUCAUGGCAUAUUAAGCAGCCAUCAGAUAAUGAUAAUUCAAGACCAAAUGCCUUGGUUACAGGCGGCUUGGACCUAAUAUUAAUGCCUGGUCUUGGCUUUUCAACUGAUGGGAAACGUCUUGGCAGAGGAAAGGGAUAUUAUGACAAUUACAUUAAAAAGUUACAAGAAAAUGGAUACCACCCAUAUUUAUUGGCUUUGGCUUAUUCUGUGCAAUUAUGCAAUGAAAUCCCAGUGUCAGAAUUCGACUAUCCUGUUCAUGAAGUUUUGUAUUCUGAUUAGUUCAAGUCACCAGUAAAUUAUGUAUACUUUGAAAUGCUUUGUUCAAUAUUCAUAGAAAUAUCUUAAAAAGGUUUUUAUCACACAAACCAAACAUUUAGCGGUACUACUAUUUUCACUCUCCAGAUAGAAAUAAUUUUAUUUGUUUUGUUAUGUAAAAUCUUAAAGAAAUAUUAGGUGCUGUGUAAUUCAUUUUUGACUGUAUUCAUUUUUGGUAACCCUUAUAUUUAUAUAAUAUUUAAAUAGUAGAAAAUUCAACUUAAAGAGUUGAAAGAGCGCUGGUGACCUCUGGGCAUUCUAGUUCUAGGCGGAGAAAGGGGUGCGUUAUGAUAAUAUAAUAUAUGUAUAAUAUAAAACAAAUCCAUGUGAAACCGCAUUUCACCGGCGACAGUAAAUUUUAGGAUUUGAUUGAUGCUGCUUUUUUUAGUUCGUGCUAGCUGUUCGCAAAUCCGUCCAAGAACUUCCUAUUUGCGGCCUCUGCAAUUAUUUAAUGCCUCGCCCACUUCAGUGCUAAGAUAAUCAAAACAUCACAAGGAAAGACCAAUGAGUAGAGCUUGGUAAUAGUAAAUUAUUGGAAUCGGUUCAGAUGGGAAUUUCGAAUCGUCGCCAUUUUUUUUCUGUCCGCCGGCGAGUCGAGAUAAAUCCCUCAGUUUUUUAUUCAUGUUUAAUUUUUAAAAUGCUAUUCUGACAUGACUCUAUUCUUCCGAUUGAGUUAUUGAUGCAACAUGUUAAUUAAUGUGCGUGAACACUCGGCGAACUGUCUUAAUGAUAGAUGACGUGUUUCCACCAAAUAAUAUGUCUGAAGGGCCCAAUGCAAUAAAGCAGUCAAUACAUCUUCGAAGUAUUCAAGAAUUGAUUCGAAAAAAUAUUCGAUUUUAAAAUCAUUCAGUGGUUCCCAACCUUUUUUUUAUGUCGCGGCACAAUUAUUGAGUUAUUUAAAUAUUCGCGGCACAACUAUCACACACAAAACAGGAACAUUUCCUACUCUUGAAGCCAUUUAGCAAUAAAAUAAGAAAAAACAUAGAAGAUCAGAUAAGUGAAAUUCUAUCCUUCUUAAUAUAACAUAUCCUGUAUUUAAAAUGAAUGGUUAAUAGUUACCGAUAUUAUAACUGUUUUCUUACAAUAAUGUACACGAGACCCACCUCCGGAGCACCUCACAAUAUUUUAAAAGAUGCGCGGCCGCACGGGUAAUACGUGACGCGAUACGCUUUGGUUUUUCUCGCCCUUCCCCUGGGUGUAGCCUUAUUGUUAUCACAGGUAUUCUCACUUUUGCACAACCUAAUUCAUUUUUGUUACAAUUUAAUGUUUCUCCCAUUGCCAAAAUCAUUCAACGGUGUAAUUGUCGGCACUAGGGAAAGAAAUGAAAGAGGCAAACAAACCGUAUCUCAUUACAACAAUUAGUUAUUAUCGCUAAAAAAGACUAAAUAGGUUUAAAGUUAUUGUGAACAAUUUUCACCGACGUUAUGAAUUUCGUGCAAGGCCCGAGCCUACUUUGAUGGCAAAGAUAGUAGCAUUACUAUGUCGAAACGCUUAUUCGACUUUUCAGACCGCAGAAACUAUGCGAAAAAUAACCCUGUCUGUGUUCGAGAUUGCAAGAAUGGGCAAAAUAGAAUAUUUUUAUCGAAUCGAAUAUUUUUAACGAAUUGUCGAAUAUCGGAUAUUUUCAAUACAAAUACAAUGGGCAUCCAGAAUGCUAGGCAUUCUAAUGUUGGUGUGCUAUUUCCGCCCGUCCUCUCCUUUUUUACAAGGACUAAUUCUUACGCAACGUUUGGUUUUAUAUUUCUUGGAGAACUAUGCGUUCAUAUGGGCGACAUAUGUUAAAGACGGCUAUUAAAGAGUGAAUUCGGGAUUUUAUUCUGAUUUUUAUCUUUUACGUCGGUUUUGAUCUUUCUCUUCACCGAUUAUAAAUAAACUGUCCCAACUUUAAGCUAACAAUAUUAUCAUUUCUGACGUCGAAAUGCGGAUAUUUAACGAUAGUUGACCUUUUGCUUUCCUAUUGUGUCUGUUUUAUUUUCACAUUGAAUGGUGAAUAAAAAGCCUGAAAAGUCAUUGCGUGAA